AUGAUUCCGAACAAGAAGCGGGCGCAACGACUCGACGACCUUCUUCGAGCUCUAGGCUUCCAUGCGCGAGCCUCCGGCAUUUACAAAACAGCCGUGUCUGCCUGCGCCACUGGUACUACUGGUUCUGGUUCUGCGACUGCAAAACGAUGCACGCCGGGACCAUCGUCAAGGAACGGUGGAAGACGAGGAGGAGAAAGGGAAGGUACUAGUAGCCCUCCGGGGAGCAGGCCACUUUCUCAGGAGGAGAAGCAAGAGUCCAUGGCGAAGAUGGUGGAAGCCUGCAGGAAGCGGAGGCCCGGGACCGCGGAGAGUGAAGCUGGCGGCACCCCUGAACAAAGGGGGGAGUCUAGAGCGAGAAGUCCAAGCACCGGGGCUUGGCAGGCGGUUCCUACGGCAGAGCAAGCCUCGAAAACGGCCUACGGGCUCCUCACGGCCGCCUCGGCCAACGCCGCCGGAGUCAUCCAAGCGCCUUCGGGCCGCGGGUUCCGCAAGCACGUGUGCCUGCACCCCGGCUGCGGGAAGGUUUUCCAUCUGAAGGCAUCGGCGGACAGACACCAGGAGAAGGAGCACCGCUUCCGAAGGAGACUCGCGGCACCAACGCCUCUCACCGACCAGUUCAUGCUCCCAUCAUGGCCUUCGGAUGGCGUACCGUGGGCGUCAGGCCUGCCAGCGCCAGGCAGAGGAACAAAGCACACCUCCGUGAGCAAGGGAACGGUUACAGUUCGCAGGGGCCCAGCCGGAAGUACGCCAACCAAGACCGCCAAAACCGUCGGCGCCGGCGGGAGCGCCGGCGACACCGUCCUCGAUCGCGGCGAUGCUAGCCUUCACGCCCGGUUCGCGUGCGGGGUCCCCGGGUGCAGCCACCGGUUUCCACAGGCUCGCCUUCUCGGGCUUCACCUCCGCAUGGGUCACAACGAGUUCGAUUUGGAGAAGAUGAAAGCGAGGAGGGAUGGAACGGUGCCUACCCAGACCCUCGACGGCGUUACCGUCACGGCUGCGAUCGAUGUCGACAGCCAUGUCAGGGCCAGCUUCCUCGGUGCCUACCGCCUGGUUCCGCCAUUCCAGUCUCCUACCGGGUGCCCGGACAUCCCAGCGUGCGGUUUGCACGGCAGGACCAAGCACGGGUGCCAGCGUUGUGAAGAUAUUGCGAGGCAGUCGGCCGCGGUGGGGGCUGAUGACGGAGGCGAGCCGGAAGACGGCAGACCGCCGAUGGGGUGGCCGCUUCCUCCGGCGAAGUUUUACACGCGAGCGAUGGUUGUGGUGAAUCACCACGGAAGGCGCAUAAACCUCGAUCUCGAUUGUGUAGAGGAACUGCGGUGUCCCCUCCUCCGCUUUCCUCUCCGCUCUUGCGACCCUUCAACUGGUCCGACUGUAAAGCACCGUCGGGCCAACCAUGCCACCGAUGAUAAAGCGGGUAGGGAUCCAUUGCCCGAUGUGGAUUCCGUGCACCCUGGCUUUGGUGAUGGACUGCAAGAGGAUCAAGGAGCGUUGAGAAACUUGACGGUGUCUUCAGGAGGAAGCAGGAAGGAUCUGACCGAUGAUGGACAAGGCGCCAGCGCUCCGAAAAAUGACAACGAUGUUGAAGGCGGCAGCUUUCCUGCGAGGAGCGGACCUAGUAUUGAUGCCUGCAUCGACGACAACGACGAUGUCCUCCCUCGACAUCUUCUGACAGGAGGUGGGAUCGAUUCCGAGGGUUUGGGCGAGAACCAGCCCCACCACCAACACGAACCACAACACCAGCAAAACACUCAUAAUCAGCGUCAUCACCAGCACCAGCACCAGCAUCAUGGGGCGCUGGUUCCAGCACGGCUGGUUGCGGUGCUCGUGGAUGGCUCAGGAAAGGGGUGGAUGGCGGCGAGACGCCUAUGGUCCGUGCACGACGUGGGUCACCACGCUCUGGCUGAGGCUGGGUUGAUGGCCGGGGAUGUCGACCGGGAGCAAGAGGUAGCAAGAGGUCACCACUCACCGAUAUACGUGUAG